UAAGUUCAAUCCUGACACUUCCUUCAUACCAUUAUUUGAAUAACAUUUCUGCAAUGCAUUUUGACAAAUCAAAUCUGCGAGUCACUGAGAUUCAAUUUCAGUAUAAAUCAUUAGAGAACGAAGAAGCUAUUUCAAUCAAUUAUCUUAAACAUUUACAAAGCAACAUCAACGAUCUAAAACAUUUUAUUGAAUUUCAUAAGAUUAAGGCUACCAAUUGUAGUGAUACCUCAGAAAAUAUAAAAAGAGAUCAAAAUGAUACUAUCAUAGCAUCUUUUCAAAAAAGUAAUGAAAGCUUUCCAGGGAUAACACUACCAGUAGCAAUGAAUGGACUACCAUUAAGAACUACCACACCCAUACCUCAACUACUAUCUAACAUACCAUCUUAUGUACAAUCAUAA